AAAGUUACAGAAAAGAAAUAAUCAUAAGGAUAUUCAAAGCAUGGGCGGAAAACCCGGAAUUUCUAUAAAUAUUUGGGCUCUGUGUAGGGACAAUCAUCAACUACGACAACGUCUCUUUGCGGAACGAAAUUUUCAGACCAUUUAUAACGGAUCACGACCUCUUGGGGAUCAAAUAGAUUUCUUCAACCUCUUGCAACGGGAUCGAGCUUCAGACAUAUUUUCUUAA